UCUGUGUUUUUUUGUUUUUUUCCUGCUUCCUCAGCGGAAUGGCUGCCGUCGGAGUGGUUGAAUCUUCGGCCGGUUCCGAUCCUGUAGGAGAAGGACUGUUGGAGCUGUUGACACCAGCGGUCCAGCAGCUGGAUGUGCACGUGCACUCGGUCAGAGAAAGUCAGGUGGAAUUAAGAGAGCAUAUAGACAACCUGGCCACAGAGUUAAUAAGGAUAAAUGAACACCAGAAGGUUGUAUUAGACCUGGAUCCUUAUGUGAAGAAACUACUUAAUGCAAGACGUAGAGUAGUGCUGGUCAACAAUAUUCUACAAAAUGCUCAGGAACGCCUGAGGAGGCUAAACCACAAUGUGGCCAAAGAGACGGCUCGGAGGAAGACCAUGCUUGAAGCAUCAGGGGUUUUUACUCCCCGCUCACCCAGUAGACCAUGAGCCUUUUCCCUGUUGACUCCAGUGGGGCACCAUUACCUCUGGGUUGUUUAAAUUUGUGUUUACUCCUAAACUUUGUCCAUGUCUUGCAUUGCUUUUAUCUUACAUUUAAAAUGUGCAUAUUUGAAAUCAACCUUGAUAUGAUCCAUAGCAGUUAUUUAAAAGCCUUAAUAUUUCUCUUAAUAUUUUAAAAAUGGUUCCUUUUAGGGUGUCAUUAUUUCUUCCAAUAGAUGAAAAUAUAUUUGCGAUGGCUGUAAGGUUUGGUGCAUUUUGAUCAUGAUGAAACUUUGUUCUGUAUGAUUUAGAUUUGAUCAGACUUUUGGAGUUUUUAUGGCAAUAUUGAGUUUAAUUAACCUAUAUGGUUUCUAUUGUAACAUUUUUUUUUCACAGUGGAUAGAAUUAUGAACUUUAAACAGAUUACUUAAAAUCAUCAUCAUAUAAAAUGCAUGAAAUGAAUUAAAUUCUACUAUUGCUAUAAGGUCAUCAAUAAAAAGGCAGUUAAGUUGUAUUUAUAAUAUGUGCUGAACUAAAUGGAAAUGUUGUUUGAAAGUUAAAUAUACUGAAAAUUAGUGGUUUUAUCUGUAGUCUGUUACCAUCUAAACUACAAUAAAGAAAACUAACUGA